AUCACGUAAUAGAGUUAACGAGACAGUCAGAAAACAAGACUUUAGUUCUCUUCUCAACCGUCUACGGGGGUAUGGCGGUGCUAUCGAAAGGGCCCAUCGAAGAUCUAUACAGGCAUAUACGAAACUAUAUUCAGCUGAAUACGACAUCAGACUCAUUACAAUCACAUUCGAAUCCAGAGUAUAUAGCCAACAGCGUGAUGAGUUUCUUCAUGGAACUAUUCCCAUUGGCCUACCAUCACUUGGCUCAAAUUGCAGAUAAGGAUUUCACCCAGUCAUAUAAAGAGUGUUUGAAGAAAUCGAUGGAUACUAUUUCGCCAUUCGGGGAUACCCCGAAGCAAGUGGCAAAGGCACUUUCAAAAAGCCUGGAAGCAACGCGGAUGCUCCUAGAAGCGUUCAGAAUCGGCACUGAGGUACUAAACACAACGGACUCGAUCCUGAUGGACGAAAACACUAAAGGUAACACACAGUGUCACGAUGCUCUUCUUAGGAUGACGUACUGCCCUAAGUGCCAAGGACUGUGGAAAAAAGAGGCGAAGCCUUGUUCUGGGUACUGCUUGAACGUGCUCAGGGGAUGCCUUACGAAAUACGUGGCUGAGUUGGACCUGCCAUGGAAUGGAUACGUUGAGGGUAUAGAAAGUCUUCUCAAUGCAAUGAAGAAACCUGACAACGAAGCUGGAGUGAACGUGGACUUUGUCAUAAAGCAUUUGGAGAAUGACAUAUCUACGGCCAUCAUGACGUAUAUGGCAGCUUCGAAGAACAUUGAUUCAAAGGUGAGUGUUUUUCUACUAGAAAUUACUACAUCUUGGACUUAUUGA